UCUUUAAAUAGCGGGUUCCACCCCCUCCACGGCACCACUUCUGCGGAAAAGCAGCACUCAGGAGGAGCAGUCACAUUCCAGUCCGUGCUUCCACCGUUUUACAACCGAAGCCUCAAGAUGUCCACCAAGGAGAAACUCAUCAGCCAUGUGAUGAAGGAGGAGCCUGUUGGCUGCAGGAACAAGGUGACGGUGGUGGGCGUUGGCAUGGUGGGCAUGGCCUCUGCCGUCAGCAUACUGCUCAAGGACUUGUGUGAUGAGCUGGCUCUGGUUGAUGUGAUGGAGGAUAAACUGAAGGGUGAGGUCAUGGACCUGCAGCAUGGAUCCCUCUUCCUUAAGACUCACAAGAUUGUUGCUGACAAAGACUACAGUGUGACCGCUAACUCAAAGGUGGUGGUUAUAACCGCUGGUGCCCGUCAGCAGGAGGGUGAGAGCCGCCUUAAUCUUGUACAGCGUAAUGUCAACAUCUUCAAGUUUAUCAUCCCCAACAUCGUCAAGUACAGCCCUAAUGCCAUCCUGAUGGUGGUCUCCAACCCAGUGGACAUUCUGACAUACGUGGCCUGGAAGCUGAGCGGUUUCCCCCGUCACCGUGUCAUUGGCUCCGGCACAAACCUGGACUCUGCCCGUUUCCGCUACCUCAUGGGAGAGAAGCUCCACCUGCACCCGUCCAGCUGCCAUGGGUGGAUCAUUGGAGAGCAUGGAGACUCCAGUGUGCCUGUGUGGAGUGGUGUAAAUGUGGCAGGAGUUUCUCUUCAGGCCCUUAACCCACAAAUGGGAGCUGAGGGUGACUCUGAGAACUGGAAGGAGGUUCAUAAGAUGGUGGUUGACGGAGCCUAUGAAGUUAUCAAGCUGAAGGGCUACACAUCCUGGGCCAUUGGUAUGUCAGUGGCUGACCUAGUGGAAAGCAUCUUGAAAAACCUCCACAAAGUCCACCCCGUGUCCACAUUGGUUCAGGGUAUGCAUGGAGUGAAGGAUGAGGUCUUCCUGAGCGUUCCUUGCAUCCUGGGCAACAGCGGCCUGACAGAUGUCAUUAAUAUGACACUGAAGCCUGACGAGGAGAAACAGCUGGUGAAGAGCGCUGAGACCCUGUGGGGUGUCCAGAAGGAGCUCACUCUGUGAAAAGCCCCUGCUCUGAAUCCUCCAGUCCAGCACAGUACCACAGUAAACAGUGGUAGAGUCCCUCCUAUCAUACCGCCUCUGUCCCCUUCAGCAACAGGGAAAUGAAACCUCUGAAUAUCUCAAAAGGCCAAGUGUUUGUAGCUAAGCCAAUGGCACAUGUUGUAGCAUAGCCAGUGGAAGCUAGAUUUUACCUUCAUGGUCAUCAUUUCUCUUUGCUGUCUCCUACACAUCCUUCUACUAUGACUGAAUUCACCAAAAUCCAAAACAUACCUUUUAAUGUUUCAUCUCAGCCUGUGUUGGAGAGACAAGGUUGUCUGUUGUCUUGUCGUUACAAGAACAGUAAGGCCUUUGCAUAUCAAGCGUAUACACUGUAUGUACUGUCCGAACUGUAUGUUACCACACUGUGCACUGUUGCUUCUUGCUGUUACACUCCUUGCUUGUAGUAUGUAUUUAUUCUGUGUACUCAGUGAUUGUUUCCAGUUGGUUAUUUCCACUUGGUAAUCUCUGUUUAGUUUUUCUUUGGAAUAUAUAAUAGAGACAUUCCAUUCUCUAUGAGGAGGGCUUCUUGUGUAUCCACAGUCCUACCAACACUGCUGCAUAUCACUGGACCAAAAUCCUGUGAUACCAAAGUACCUUAUUAUUAGAAGAACCAAUGCUACAUCUACUGGUUUGCAUUGAAGCCUUUAUAAACAAACGUAACCUUAAGUGCAAUGACAUAAAAUAAAAAGGUUUUUGGAACUGGCCAGAAGCAACAAUGGUUAUAUUUUGAGCGAAGUGAUAGAGAUACUAAUGAGAUAAACAUUUACAACUUAACUCAGCAAAAGAAAUGAAUGAAUAACAGAGAGCCAACGGGAAAAAGUCAGCUACUAUGAUGACCUGUAACAAUCAUGAAAAGGUACGGAUUGUUUCUGUACCCAAAAAACCUCAGAUUUAAGUAUUUAUUUUUCACCACCUAACUCUGGAAAAGUACAUAAAGAUAAAAACAAUGGUAUUAUUUAUAGCUGUUAAUACUAAUGAGGUCUAUUUAUGUAUUGUUACCUUACAUGUCUCAGUCAGAUCUAAUCUGAGAUGAUGUACCUGCCAUGGCAGCUGGAUAUUGAUUUUUAUUUUGCUGUGACAUCAAAUAAACCUGCCAGGAUUAAAGGUCA